AUGCCGUCGCUCACCAUGGCACGCGAGAAGGCCACCAUUUUGGUGGAGUCUCACGAUUUGUACUACGGCGGUUGUAGCAGCAGCAGCGACCAUGGUGCCAAUUGUGCCAUUCGAAAAAAUGCCACUGCUUUUGACAGCAGUUCAUCUAGUGAAAUUGUGGUGGACUUACCUGCUACUACUAUCGAGACGGAUCCUGCUGUCUGGCCCAAAAGCAAACCUCUGCCGCCUCUCAAGCCAUCCGCCAAGAAAGUCUUGUUUGUGGCGCACUUUUUUGUCAGUACCGAUGUGAACCACAUGCUGCUCAUGGCGGAAGAGUUGCGUGACCGAGGACACGAGUGUCACUUUAUCGUCAUGGAGCCGUAUGUGAAGCGAGUGGAAAAGGCCGGCUUUACAGCCACUGGGACUCCCAAUGUCCUGCAAGGCGCUGGAUUGGACACCAUCCAACGUGCCUUCUCCUAUGCGUCACACGAGACUAGUUGGUUCACAUAUGUCUACAAGUACAUUUACGGCAUUGCUCCCUUGGCGGCCGAGUACUAUGAACCAUCGAUGACCAUUGUCGAACAGUACCUGGCAAAACACGGAAAACCCGAUUUGAUGGUCGCCAGCAAAGCCAGUGAAUGUGCCAUUGAUGUCGCCUGGCAUGAAGGCAUUCCACUCAGUGUCUUGUUCACAAUGCCAUUGGGAGGAAUGCUCAAUGCCUACGAAGAUGUCGUCGCUGCACCCGAUGCCAAUCUGUGGGGAGGCGUCAAGGAACAGUCAUCGCUCUACAUGCGAUUGCGCAAAAAAAUGGUCCGAUCUGCCAUGUUGAUCAAUCCGGUGGUGCUUGUCGGCAGCAUGAAAUUGGCGUGGGAUCGCUACAAUCAUGGCUACUAUCCCUUUGCCAUUCCGGGUCAAUACUGGAAAGAGUCGCUCAUUAUCAGUCCCUGGAGUAUGGGAAUUGAUCUGGCUCGACCGUUGCGACCAUUGACACAGCUGGUCGGAUUCAUGACACCACCACUCCCCGAGUUGCCUCAUGACGAUGCCAGUCUCGCAAAAUUCUCCACCGAAGAUCAGGAGCACUUGCGAUUCCUGAACAGCAAGACGGAUGGUGUCGUCUUUUGUGCCUUUGGAUCGCUGGCCGUAUUGACACAGGAAUGGUUUGACGAACUGGUCGCCGGUAUGGAUCUAUGGGCACGAACCCAGGGACCAAACAGUGGUGCCGUGAUUGCCGUCAAUGAUCUCAGUUUGAAAUCCGGUCUCAAUGUGUCCAAAGUACCCGACACGGUACAAGUCACCGGAUGGAUCAACCAAAAACUAUUCCUGGCGCAUCCUCACACCCAAGCCUUUAUUACACACGGAGGAUUGGGAUCAUUGGGGGAAUCCAUUGAAGCGAGAGUGCCCAUGUUGGUCUUUCCCCUAUUCUUUGAUCAACCCAACAAUGCUCAUCGCUUGGAGGAAGCCGGCGUUGCUCUCAAGUUGCACUUUCGAGAAGAACGGGUCACGGCGGCCACAGUCGCAGCGCGGCUCACGAAACUGACAUCGGAUCCAUCCUUUGCACACAACCUGGAACGACAGUACCAAAUCAACAAGAGAUCCGGUGGUGUUGCCAAGGCAAUCGAUUUGAUUGAGGAUGCACUCUUGUGGGACGGAAACCUCAGCCAUCUCAUUCCCGUCACGGAACGGGCUACCUUCUUUCAACGAACCAAUCUAGACCUCUACCUGUUGAUAGUGCUACUGGCGGCCGCAUUCCUCAUGACGGUGGUUUGGCCAAUCGCACAGCCGCUGUUGCAGCGCUAUCGCAUCACGGCAAGAUUAGAGGCCAUGGCCAACAAGACGUUUGAAGAAGUCAUUUCACACAGCAGCAGCAGUGGCUCGCUGCAUGAACAAUUAAGCGUCAUCAGCAACAGCUAG